AUGGCAGAAGCUAUGGAAGUUGAUCAGCCUGACGCCAAGAAGGAGGAAGUGCCAAAAGAGACCAAAGAUGCCAAGAAGAAGGAGGAUCUGGAUGUCAUCACUUUUGAAAGUAAGUUUGGAAUCUAACUAUUGAAGUUCUUUGUUUGUAUAAUUAAGCCCAAAAUUUAAGUUUAUUGUUUUAUGUAAGUGAGUUUAUUUUUUUUGUAAUUUAUACAUUAUUUUUAGAUAUGAAAGAAUGGUGCAACCAACUUGAACGUGGUGAAGUUCACAUUGUUGGACGUGUUCUUCAAUUUCUGAACCGCACUAGAAGACAGUUGAAUCCUGAACUCUUGACCAAGCUCUGUUCUUCAUAUUUGGGUAACAACCAGGUCAAGAAGAACUUGUUGGGAUGGCUUCCAAAGGCAGCGUAAGUUAAUAUAGACUUUUUCCAUGUUCUGCUUUUAGUGACACUUCAAUGGAAGUUGAUUCGAAAGACAAGAAGACGCCGUCUUCGGCCAAGAAACUUCUGUCCAGAAAGUCGACGCCAACACCUGAAUUGGAGUUGUAUAUUCACUUGUUGGUGUUGUUGUUCUUGACCGACGAGAAGAAGCACGAAUUGGCAUUGCAAUGUGCUAACAGCUUAAUCGAAUGUGCAGAUGGGCAUGAUAAGAGAUCAUUGGAUCCAUUUUUGGCCAAAGGGUUCUUCUAUCUGACCUUGAUUUCGGAAAGAACAGGAAAGAUGGGCGAUCUUCCACCGUAAGUUAGCUUUAUAUUAAUAUAGUUUGUCUAACAGUGUGUGUAACUUUACGAAGAGAAUCUGUAAACAAAUAUAUUUUAGAUACUUGAACAGUCGUCUCCGUUUUGCCACCCUGAGACAUCAGUACGAUUCCCAAGCCACCUUGAUCGUCUGUCUGCUGAGAAUCUACUUGGUGACCAAGAACUUGUUGUCAGCCUCUAAGCUCAUCACGAAAGUCAAGUUCCCAGAGUCUGCCAACAACAAUGACUUGGCCAGAUACUUGUACUACUGGGGUCGUAUCCGUGCCUUGCAACUUCAAUAUGUUGAAGCAGCUGAUCUAUUCCAACUCAGUCUUCGAAAAUCUCCACAAGAUUCGGCCGUCGGAUUUAAACAGAACGUUCACAAGUGGGUUGUGGUCAUCUCGUUGUUGAGAGGUGAGAUACCAGAAAGAGCCAUCUUCCGUGUACCGAUUCACAGAGUCACGUUACAACCGUAUCUUCAGCUAACUCACGGUAGGUUUUUGAAUUAUUUUUUUUUGGAAAAAUCAUACUUUAAUCUCAAAAAUGAAUUUUUUAUGUAAAUGUUUCACGCCUAAUUUUCAAUAUUUUGUAGCUGUUCGCCUUGGAGAUAUUGCUUUGUUCAACAAAGUUUUGGAGAAGUACUCUGGAGUGUUUGAAACUGACGAAACCUUAACAUUGAUUGUUCGUCUCCGCCAAAAUGUUAUCCGAACAGCCAUCAGACAGAUCUCAUUGGCCUACUCUCGAAUCCCUAUUUCUGAUAUCGCUAAGAAGCUUCAGGUAAGUGUCAUAAUCAUUUUUUGUAUUUUUAUCAAAACAACUAUAUUAUCCAACAGUAUUCUAAUAUCAAUAUCUACAGUAUUGACCUAAUUUUCUUUCAGCUCCCCACCGAGAUUGAAGCCGAAUAUAUUGUCGCUAAAGCUAUCAAGGAUCACACUGUAGAUGCUAUCAUUACCUGUGACUCGCGGACCGACAGCCGAUACCUACAAUCUGGUGUUUCGGAAAACCUGUACCGUACAACUGAACCCCAAUAUGCAUAUGACACCCGAAUCAAAAACUGCCUCGAGCUCCACAACUUGGCCGUCAAAGCGCUUCGCUACCCAGACAACAAGAAACCCGAGAACGAGAAGACCGAACAACAACGGGAGCGGGAGUUGCUCGAGCUGGAGUUGGCUAGUGAAAUGCCAGACGACGAUGACGAGUUCUAA